AUGCAGUCACUCCGAGUCGCGCUCAUCGCUGCUGCGUUGUCAGCCACCGUCACUCGGGUAGACUGCGGACUAGCGGAGCUGUUCAACACUAGUUCCGAUAACAACAUUCCGGAGCUGUUGGACACUACGAUGAGGCUGGCCAACAACGAUGUGAACUACUUUACAAAGGUGGACGUUAUUGGCCCGGUUGAGAGAGAAGUUACGUUUUUUUGUGGCAAUAGAAAGUCGCCUGAAUUAAGGCAAACUUUUCUGUAUGAUCCUGACCUAAAGGCGAAAAUCGAUGCCAACAAACCGAUAAUGUUCAUCACUCACGGGUGGACCGAUAAUGUUACGAAGAUUUGGGUCCAAGAUAUGGCACUGACGUUUUUCGACACCAACGUUUGUGGCGUUGGAUGGGCAAACCUGGCCCAUUUGAACUACCUUGAGUCGGUCAAACAAACGUUGGUUGUUUCUGGUUACAUGACCAAGUUUAUCCAAACGCUGCUUGACUUGGGAAUCCCACCGUUGUCGGUUACCUUGGUGGGUCACAGCUUGGGGGCUCAAAUCAGCGGACAGGUUGGCUACAACUUCAACGGCAAACUGGGACGGAUCUUCGGAUUAGAUCCGGCUGGACCAUCGUACACACGGCCUCCAGGUGGACCGUUAUCCUUCCGUCUCGACAAAUCGGACGCCGUGUACGUGCAAAUGAUCGUGACGGCCAAGAACGUGUCCGGCGUUUCCGUUGCCGAAGCUCACGAGAACUUCUUCCCGGACGGAGGGUCUCCACCGUCACCCAACUGUGCCAUCCCAAUAUCAAGCGAUGCGGAAUUCGCGGAUGCACUUCUUUGCAGUCAUCUGCAUGCCAACACGCUGUUCCGACUGUCGAUGAACCCGCAGAUUGUGUACAGGGCAAGGCUUUGCACCAGUUGGACGGACUACCUGGCGGGCAAGUGUCUGUUUAAUCGCACGACACGGAUGGGAAUCUACAGCUCGCGUUUGGGAGGGGACUUUUAUCUUCGGACAUCGGCAAAAUCACCCUAUACGACGACAGUGUAA